UUUUUUUUUACUUUAUUUUUCUCCAUGUUAAUUCAACCUAAUUUACAAGAUGAUGAACAAAGAAAAAUACAAGACAAGAUUAAGAAACUUAAAAAUAAAUUGAAUACUGAUGACGUUACUAGAAAGGAUAACAAGCAUUUAUUGGACCUUCUUAAUAUUGAAUAUAAAAAACUAUCUGAACUUCGAUUCAAUCAAAAUAAUUUACUAAAAUCCAGUUGGGAUGAUUACCAGCUUAAACAACGUCAAACACGAAGAAAAGAGACCGAAAAAAGGUUAAUUGAAGCCGAAAGGAUUGAACAAUUAGAAUAUGAAAAAAGACUUGAAAAUAGACCAGAGGUUGAAAUCUAUGAUCAAUUGUUAGCCUUACUACUUGAUGAUACAAGCAGCAGUAGUAAUAAUAGUAGUGCUAUAAAAGUACAUAAUGAUGUUGGAUUUCCAACUGUCAUAGAUACCUCAAUUGUAAUUAUUCCUGUAGAAGUUUUAGAUCUCUUCUGGUCUGUAGACGUACCUAUUCCCUCUACUAAAUCAGAAAUCCCUUUGACUAUUGAAACUAUUAAACAGCGAAAGGCCUCCUUAUUGUUAUAAUAACAUUGGUACACAUUCUAAUAAAAAAAAAAAAAAAGAAAAAA